GUGAUUGGUUGCGUUACCGUCAUGGAAACGGAUGCAGUUGAACAAUGGCCGCAACAAAAACAAAAAUUUCUAUAAUUUUGUAGCGAAAAUGCCUCAAUUUUUAGGCGAUUCUGUUGCAGAUUCUCACGGUACUGGCGAUGAACAAGACGAGGUGGGAGAUGCACAGUCAACUGAGGAACAGAAUGAUGCCAUACAAGAGCCAGAAGCGCCUGCAGUCCCAGUUCAAAACGCGCCCUACGAUGCGAUGCGAAGUGAGCCUCUUUUGACAAAUGUUCUUGUUGAACUAUAUGACGGGGAGACGGACGAGCAAGGAUUCUUACAUGGCUACGGCACAGCGUAUUUUCAAGGCGGGAACAUUUACAAGGGACAUUUUGAGCGAGGUUUGAUGCAUGGAAAAGGCAAAUAUGUUUGGCAGGAUAGGACUAUAUAUGAAGGUGAUUUUAUGCACAAUCAGUUAUCUGGUCAUGGUUUGUAUGUCUGGCCAGAUGACAGUGGCUACGAAGGAGAGGUUAAGAAUGGUCUACGACAUGGUCAGGGAACUUUCAGGUGUGCUUCGACCCCAUGUGUUUACUCUGGUAUGUGGUGUGAUGGUAAACGACAUGGUCACGGCACCUUAAAGUAUGACAAGAUCUGUAUCCUACUAUGAGGGAGAGUGGUAUGAGAAUCAGCGUCAAGGUUAUGGUACACGUAGGUAUGCCAGUGGUAAUGUUUACGAAGGGAACUGGAAGAAUAACAUACGUCAUGGUCAGGGUACAAUGAACUGGUAUACAAGCAACGAAAAAUACACUGGUGAGUGGUUUAAUGGGGUACAACAAGGAUAUGGGGAGCACACCUGGUUCCUACGGCGUGUCAAGGACUCACAGUAUCCAUUGAGGAAUCGUUAUGUUGGUAGUUUUGUGAAUGGUUUGCGUCAUGGUCGUGGCGUGUUUUACUAUGCAAGUGGGGCUAAGUAUGAUGGGGAAUGGUUGAAUAAUAUGAAACAUGGAAAAGGAAUGUUUGUUUUCAAAAAUGGUAUGGUAUUUAAAGGUAAGCAAAGAAAGAUUAUACAUUUAGGCAUGUCAUGUAAAUAUAUAUAAAAUUAAUAUAACUCAUAUACCAGUUCUCUAGAAGCAGCUAUGUAGGAGAAUGUUAGAAUCUACCAAUGGUAUACAAAGGUGGAUUGUCUGGAAAUGAAAAUGUAAAUCAAUACCAAUGCAUACUGAAAUUUUCUUGAUUUAUGACAUUUGGGACAACAUCACAUUUCCCACCCAUUUUCCGGAGAUAUUAAUUCCCCAUGAAUAUUUAUAUCCCCCCUUCCUAGAUUUCUAUAUUUUCUAUAUUUUACCCCAAGGUAUAUUUGACAGUGACCACAUGUUGGAAUACCCUGACAUCAAUCCGUCUGGCAUGAUCACUCCCGACAUCGCCUCGGCUGGUCUACCUGUGCAACGUCCUGGCACUCCUGCAUCAACACUCAGUGCUGAUUGGGCAAAUGGCUUGGAACUAAAUAUCGCCUUCUUAUUUGAUGACCGAGAUAUUGACUUAGACCAACGAGAACUGGAAGUGCAACAGGUCAACUAUGUGAUGCUGCAGCAUAUCAGUAAAUUGAAGAAAAUUUACACCUUCUACAGUUCUAUUGGAAUUGAUCAGUCCCAGGAUAAUACAUCAGUCAUGACUCGGAUGCAGUUCUGUAGAUUUCUGAAGGACAGUCACAUCCAUCAUGGCGAUACAUCCCUCCCUGAGAUUCUGAGGCUGAUUGCAGAUGACAGAAAUGAGGAUCCCUAUUACCCUUGGGAAAAUAUCUUGAUGCGCGACUUCUUGACAGCAUUGGUUAUCAUUGCCAACCACAUGUUUGCUGAUGAAGAUCGUCAUGGAAACCAACUGUUGUUACCGUGGUGUUUGGCGAAACUUGUGUCUGAGUACGUGUUGGAACAUGCUUGUGACAUGGGUGGGAUCGUGUACACCAAACCAAGUAUUACAAUGGAACUCACCCAGUACUUUGAUAAGGCUUAUAGUAUAUACAAGUACUGGAUGUCCCAAGCAAAGCAAUGCCAGCCUGGUGUUCUAUGUGUAAACAUGCGAUAUAUGCUUUGGAUUCUGAAUGAUUAUGGCCUUAUCAAUGAAGGCUUAUCAGCAAAGAAUGUCAUCGAUAUUUUUGCAUCGGAUGACCCAUGUGUUGCCCAGGAUGAGUUUAUCAGCCUCGAGGUUGAGAUUUCAUUCCUGGAGGUUUUGGAGGUGCUGGUUCAAUGUGCCGAGGUGUAUGUCACAGAAAACAUGUUGAGGGAGAGUCCCACCACACGUCCUAGUACUGUGGACACAUCACAAGCCCCCAGUGCAAAAAGUCGUCAUUCAAGUCUCUCUGCAGGACAGUUAGAUUCACCUGAUAACGGUAUGGUUUCACUGCAUGAUUUGUAACUGAAUUUUAAACUUUAAGUACCUGAAAAGAUUAGUUUUCUGACGAACUCAAAAAGCUCUCACUCAAAACAUCCAAGUGUGUUAAACUUUAAUCUUUUUCGGGCAGUGAAUUCAGAAACAAACCUUCCCGCUACACAUUGUAAAGUACUUAGAACUGUACCUACACGUUUGAGACAUCAUGACAAUUUCUAAGAAUUUUAAUGAUACGAGUCUACGACUGCUUCAAAAUUCAAAGGAGAAUAUAGUCAAUGCAUUGCCAUUAAUAGCAGAACUUCCCCCCUUGUUGAAUGAAAGGCAAAAUUACAGCACAAUGACAUGUGCAACACAAGGAACAUCCUGUACCUAGUAAAAUCAUUUUAAAUGUACCCUGAAAUAAAGCUAGCAAUUGAUAAUUAGCAUACCUUCCGUCUUUCAGAAAGCCGUAUAUCCAAUCAUUCAGUGUUGAAUGUGAUCGAAGAAAAAAAUGAAGAUCAGUCUCCACCUGCAAUAGAACAGAAACCCACAGAUGUGAAAGUGGAAACGCCAGUGAGAGGCAUGGAGAUUCCUAUUCUCAGUAUUACAGGUACAAACACUGUAUAUAAAAACUAAAAUUAUUUAACAAUUAUUCGUAAGAGGGCCAGGCAGUAGGACGACAUCACUAAUAGAGUAAUACUAAUUGUCCAAUUCUGCAUAAAUUAAGCUAACAUACCACAUUUAAAUGGGAUAGAUUCAUCUUCUAAUUGACUGCAGAAAUAAACUGGAGAGAACGUACGUACGUGCCGUGUUUCGUAACCGAGAAGAAGUUAACCCAUCAAGUUUUACGCAUUAAGGUCCAGACACACCGGACGCGAUUCGACAAAAACGCGACGCGAUUUUUUUAGUUUUUGAAAGUUAAUAAAACAGCCAAUGAGAGCAAAUUUUAAAAGAUAUGUAGACCAAAUAACUGAAAAUGUUAUAAUGCUUCUAAACAUUAAUUAGAAAAUUUAAACAAAGUUAUCGGUCAGUGAAAAAUUUAAUUUAUAAUCGAAAAAUCGCGUCGCGUGGUCGAAUCGCGUCCGGUGUGUCUGGACCUUUACGCCUCAAUGCGGAUCAAUGCGCCCUAUUUUCCGGCUCUGUCGAGCGCUGGCACUCGAUGGGUUAAAGUCAGACAACAGGCCGUAAUGGUUAUCCAAAUUAAUGUUAUUUUAACACAAAGCUUUGUCUCAUUUCAGCAUCGGGUGAAUCGAAGCAGCUUGUUAUAGAUGAUCAUAUUGAUGAUGUAAAAAAUGAUGAGACUGUCCCAGGUGACUCACAAGGUAAAAAGGACAUUGAGCAGUUCUGAACUGUUAUCCCUAGUCCUAUAGAGGUCCAGUAAACGCCCUUCGUUACUGAUUAGGGAAGCCUCACAUAUCGAUUUUUUCCACGAGAAACGUCAUAUGUUCGUUUGGGGGUGGGGGUGGCAGCUGUGACGUUUCUCUGUAAACAUCAUGGAAAAAAUCGAUAGUUUUUAUCUUUGCAGAGUAUAAAAAAGAAAACAAUUUGAUACAAAAAGCAGUCUAUAUAUUUGUCAUACCAUACCUGUUCUAUACCUAUGCAUUUAUAUUAUUACGCCUUCCUUGCAUUGAAAACACUCAAAUUUCGAGAAAUACGCGCUAAAAUUAUCAAUAUUUCAUGCAAAAAAAGUUGUUUUGAGAAACGUUGGAAAUUUUGAAGUUCACAUAUAUAUUAAUAAAAAAAGAGUAUGUCAGCAGAAGAUGACAUAUUCCUCGCGGAAGCAUCGCCAAUAGCCGACCGAAAAAAAUAGUAGAAAAUUACCUUAUGUGUACUAUAAGAACAAAAUAUCGAUAACUAUGUGUGACGUUGGGGGGGGGGGGGGGGGGGGUCUCCAGAGAAACGAACAUAUGACGUUUCUCAUGGACAAAAUCGAUAUGUGAGGCUUCCCUUACGAAGGGCCUUCGCUCGUAACGUCGAAAUUCUCCUUAUAUUUUUCAGGUAGUUGCAUCCCAACCAACGAAAGCUUGUUCAUAGUAUUAACACUACCUACACUGGCACAGAUAGUUCAAGAUUAUACCAUGCCCAUAUAUAUGUCUAUUUCAGAACCAUCCGAGCUGAGAUAUAAAAAAAAAACUAUUGCAAUAGUUUCAUAUUAUUCUGACGCUGCAGAAUACAACUAAAAAUUCGUUGUAAUGAGUGUAAUUCAAACUUCCAUCUUUGGGUUUCUAGACCGUCGUUGUACUCAUCGAGUUAUCGAGUCAACAGGGGUUGGUAGCGAGUCUUAUCCAAUUUCUCACGACCGAUUUUUCCGCCAUUUUGGGGGGUACUGCCUCUCUCACAUUUGAGAGUCUCCGCACCACGAAAUGCAACUUUUUAGUAUUGUAGUUGUUUGUAUAAUGGUAAAUUUACAGUUACAACCUUUGUCUAGAAUCUUUCACGAGGGCAGGCAGUACCCCAAAAAUAGCGGAUUUUGGCCUUCGCGAGAAAGGCUAAUUUAAGUGCACGGUAUAGUUUUCGCGACGUCUUGGAGGACGCAUAGCGUUUCCGAUAUGUACGAUGCAUAUAAUUUUUAUAAUAUUCUUAACUUCUGUUUUUUAAUAUAUAGAUACGGACCACAGCCAGACAGCUCCACCACCAUGUGACAAGAAAAAUGGAGAUGAACAAGAGAAAAGUGACCCAGUUAUUUUCGAAGAUGAUUUUAGUUUGUGGUGUCUGAAAAUCAGUGUUUUCUUCAAGAAGAAAUUUUUCCCUGCCGCCGAGAAAUACGAACUGUUAAACAAAAUUGCUCAUGAAAAUAUGUAAAGUGCUCCAGGGUCGGUUAGGCACAGUUGUAGUGUUGUUUUAAAUUUGUUUACUACCAGUUUUUACGUCAGUUUAAACAAAGCUUUGGUCCAAGUAUAGGAAAGAAUGUUGAGGAAAGGUUUGAAAUAUAUAUCCCUUCGCAGGACGCGAAAUAUCUCCAAACAAAUAACAUUUUGUUGGGGAAACAAUCUUUCCUGGUUUUGCUCACAUUCGGGACAUAUGCCAAUAUGGCUACUGGCCCUAAAACAAUAUUUCUACAACAUUUUUUCUAGUUUGCCAAGGUGGUUACUCGUAUCGUUAACACUAUAACGUUAAUUUGACAAAGUGCAGUGUGAUAUCUAUAUGUUUGAAAUAUAAAAUUUGUGAAUUGUUGUAUCAUGUUCAAUAAAUAAAUAAUUGUUUUUGAAAAAGCAAUUGUGUACCAUUUAAUCUGAUAUGUCAUAAACCAUGUUCCUGCAUCAAUUCCUUUAGAAUAAAGAGCCCUGGAUACGAGGUUGUUUAGAUGCAUAACACAACAAGCGUAUUUGAAUAAUUAUGGAAUUCAAAUAUAAGAAACAAAAAUUCGCGACCAGCUCAUAUGUUGAGGGUAUAUUUUUUCAACUUCUUAUUUUCAUGUCAUCUAUGCCCAAGUAUUUUAGACAAACCAAAGCAGCAAGUUGUUCCGCGGAUUUCUUACUUUUUUCCCUAAAA